UACGUUUGCAUCUUGUUUACAACAUGGCUGCCCGGUAAUGGUGAUGCAGAACGGGAGUUCUCUCCGUUCUGCUUGUAGAAGCUACGUUAUAGCGUUUAGAUUAGGUUAUCUGCAAUAAGGGAACAGCAAAACAACCGUUCAAAGAUGCCGGCACUAAUCGAACGACCAAAGAUGAGCCUGCAGAUGUGGGCGGCUUUGAAGAGCCACAUCAUGCGCGAACGGGAAAGGAAAAAGCAAGAGCAAGAAGCUGACGAAGCAAUCGAGCGGCUGCGUCGAGAACAGGAAUUGAAGCGCAAACAGGAUGCCAUGACGUUGGAGGAGAUAAAAGAUCAGGUCAUGCAGUCAGAGAAGAAGCUCAAAGAGCUGAAGGACGAGAAGCAUCAGCUUUUCAUGCAACUCAAGAAAGUACUCCAUGAAGAUGACACUCGUCGUCGUGCACUAGACAAAGAGGCCAGCGAAGUGGCUGCAGCCCAAGCUGCUGCGGCCAGUCAGGCCUACGCUAACCACCAGGCUCUCGGCAUUGUGGGCGGAGCAGGCCAAGCCCAGCCGCUCUACAUCCAAAGCCUAGGCCGCACACCUGUCUUGUACAAGAUGACAAGCCCACAAUCUGGCAAUACCAUCAGGACCCACUCAAGCUCGCUGAAGCGGCCUCACUCACCUUCGCCGCCCCUUUCAUCACACUCCCAGACUGGUUACCAGGCUCCCCAGUUCACGUACAAGGCACAGGUCACUGCAUAUGGCUCCAAGCUUGUCCCAUAUCCAACAGUCGUAACAUCAGGAGCACAGCAAACUCCAGUCUACUAUGCGGCUCACCACAUCCUUUCAGGCGGCGAGACAAGCGCGUCGCCUAUCUACAAUGCAACCACAUAUGCACCACAGUUCACCACCCAUUCCUCAACAGCAACGGAACUUGCGUUGAAACAGCAUGGAGUUGUAACACCAACCUCGGCUUCAUCAUCACAGGGGCAAGGUUACACACACAUCUCACAGCAGGCUUUCCAAAAGCAUCUGGAACACGGCAGCAGCAAGGGAGCUGCAUCGUCAUCUAGCAGCACUUACAGCGAUGACAAGUUUUACGUCCAGACGAAUGUGAUCCCUCGAGCUUCACUCUCUGGGUCACUUGUGACAGGGCAGCCGGUUGUGCCGGUGUCACGCCAAGUGAACGGCACAUUUGCGGGGCAGGGUGUUCAGCGUCACCAGUACACUAGUCAGUCGGGAACACGGUUUUACUGAAGCCACCAAAGCACACAGUUUGCUGUCCUUUUGUUUUAUUUUGGUUUCCUUUUCUUUUUUACUUUGGUUGUUUGUUUUCAUUCUUUUCUUCUUUUUUUUUUUAAGACCAGGUUUUUGAAUGUCUGCUUUAUUCCAUGCUGUUUUCUAGCUGGCUAUUGCAGCAUCAAGUCAUACACAACCCGCAUUUUCUCUUAUUAUUUUUUUUUUAUAUAUACAAGAGCAGUAAUGGUAUGGAUUAUUGAAAACUGUUCUGAAAAAUUGUAGUUGUGUGCCUGACACACAUGUUGGCAAUCCAUUCACUUGUUUCCGGUGAUGUGUCACAAGAGCCAUGCUAAUGUUGAGUGCCAUAUGAAUGGUUUUGCAUAAUCUCGUUAUUUUCAAUUUGCAAUCAUUAACUAAUCAUUCCACGCAACACCCUUCACUUAACAGCAUUGGUCAGCAUUGAGAGCUUUCAGUUAAUACACAUUGGUGUAUGUAAGCGACAUGUGGAGUGAGCUUCUAUUAUGAUGAAUUCUCAAGUAUCAGAAUCUGAUUCUGCUGUUCACAUGGCUUGAGGUGAAUGGUUAUCCUUACUGUUUCCAAAAUGCUCCAUGUGAUGGCAUGAAUGAACUAUGGCACAGCAAUUAAUUUAUGAGUGAAGUCAUUGUGCAUCCUGUCAUUUUGCACUGCUGCAGUAAUGUCCCAAGAUCUUUUUUUACAAUAUCAAAGUUAUCCACACCAUUGAUAUUAAGGACUCAACAUCCUUGACACUCAACAACUUGACAAGGACAUACCUAGAUAACUAAUGAGGACAGUUUUGUCAUCAGUAUCAAGGACUUCUUAUGAUUGUCACUAAGCACAUUGUUGUAACAGUCGUCUUGCCAUGACCAAGGUGAUUGAAGCCAUUUGUGUUGAUCUCCUAUAAUGACGUCAGCAAUAGCCUUGUUUUUUUUUUUUUAUGUGUGCUGAUGAUUCGCUUCACAUGCAAUAAAAAGCAAACAUCGCACUGAAGCUAUAAACAGCUUUCCAGCAAUUGCUGGUAACAUGUCGUCUAUGCAGUCAUGCUUGUGUAUAUGAGCCUUGUCCCAAAGUUCCUGUAGCACUGUACGAACCAUAACAUUACCAGUCAUGCAACAUACAGUGAUCUCCAAGACAUUCUUUUUUUGGCAACAUUGUGUUUGGCUCGGCAACGUGCCUGCAUUAACAUUGUUAGUGGUGCUCGGGAACUGCCGCAUUGCAGGCAAUACCAAGUUGUCCAACCGCCGAGUCACUGUGUACAAUUUACUGUAGCCCACUGUCCAUGUAUUAUGUGCACGUGCCUGUGUCCUUUCUUCAAUGCUUUUUCAUGUUAUGCAACUGCAGCCACUAAUAUUCAAGUCCACCCUCUGAUAUGCAAUGUAUGCAUGCACGACUUGCUGUGGGGGUAUUCUGGAAGUGUCCGCCCAGUAGACAUGUCUAUUUCAUCUGUGCUGGAGUUACGAUUGGCUGGGCUGGGGUACACGUUGGAAGGAGACAAGCGUCCACAGCCAAUCAGCACUUGAGCGGCAGAUGAAAUGGACAUGUCCACUGGGUGGAAACUUGCAGAAUAGCCUCCUGAUCUGUACUAAGCACACCUCUAUGCAGAUGGUUCGUCGACAUAGAACAACCUUCUGAUUCACCUUAUUGCAGCUGCUUGCGUUACAGCCCAAAGUUACACCUGACACGUACUGAUCCCAAAGACAUGAAGUUUGUAUAAUACAUUGCACUGUGCAACAGCUUUAAUGCCAUAAUUAUCAUAUUUACAGGCUGUAUUUGUGCUGUUCACUCAUGUGUGGAAAGAAAAUGCGCACCGUAGGGUAUUGUUCGCUUGAGGGCAAGACUCUUCUCGGUGUUGCCUGCGCUUUAUGGUGAGCAAACUUGCAUACAGCUGCACCAUUGGUGUCUACAGUGUGGUCCACUGUUGAGGUGCAAAUGUGCAAGAGCAUUGUGUGAGCAAAUUCACCGGUGUGACUAUAGUCAGUGAUGGGUCAAAAAUGCAGCAGCAAGUGUCUCUCAAAGGGAACAUGUACACAUGCAGCAGCGAAUCACCUCCUCUAUAGACACCCUAUCCUCUGAAUCCAUGUCCUCGGCUUUAAUUGGACGCUUCCUUAACAAGGAGCUCCUCACUUUGCUGGGAGAUGUUUUGCAUCCAUCAAGCAUCAGUGACAGGACUGCGGAGCAAUAAAUCAGGCCAUUAGUGCACUUAGCCUUUUCCGGUACAUCAAAACAUUUUUUUUUUUCCAGUUCAGUUUAUUUCUAUUUAUGAUUGCAAACGUUGCUGUAAAUUGUUUGGCUAGUUGGUUCAUUACGGCAGCAAAUGAGUGCCUUGGUCUCCUUGCUUGUCUCUCGUGUGCUCUGGCACCGCUGGCUGCCUGUCUGGGUACACCUCAGCAGUAGUGAGCGAGAUGGCGGGAGAAGCGGUACGAGAAGGGGCGAGGGGUGUCGGAGAGGAGGUACUUUGUGUACAAGGCCAGUGUCUCUCCCCCUUUUUCAAACGACCCAUGUGUACGGCGGACUGUCUUCUCUGCUCCUACACUUGUACAUUUUGGCUGCUUGUGUGUACGCUGCGUGACCACGACGUGCUCAUUGUUGCUCAACAGCUCCUCCCCUUCGUGCCAGUGGCAUUUGUAGGGGGAACUAUUUCUUGAAGCACGGAGGGGAUAAACAACAGGUGCACCACGCUUUCUUGGGAGAAGCUCCUGUGCGUUCUUGACUUGUCACAGACCAUAGUUUGGAGACAUCUGCACAGCAAACAAAUUGAGGCUGAUUUACCUGGCUUUCUCAGGUUUACCUGGUUUACCUGAUUUAUCUGCUUAGUAUGCUGACACUGUUUCUGCUGGCAGCCGCAGCUGAAGUGCCCCCAGAGUGCGAGACAUCUGCUUGCAUGUUCCACUUAGCAGUGUACCACACUGUGCAUACUAGUAAGCGCACAUUCAACCUGUGGAAAAAAAAUAAAAUGUACAUGGUGCUUACAGCCUCUUGAGGUAUGUACACAUUGGAAAGAUUUCUCAACUCACUUUGUGUGUCUGUUCUUCAGCCUGCCGUGCGUUGUACAGAAGUGCGAGAUCUAAUGUUUGACUAUGUCUUGUACAUUUCUUCAAGUGUACUUUCUUUUUUCAGUUUCGAGCCUUCGCCUCACUUUAGUCGAAGUUUUACAAUGUGUGCUUUUUGAUGUUGUGCCGACCUCUGCUUACCUGCUUGUUUUUUAACGUGUCCAUUGCUUACAACAUGAACAUAUAUAUAUACAUGCUUCUGCUACUGCAAAAGUAGCGACAGAGUAGCUUUGAACAGCUUUAGCUGUUUGAGGGCACAAGAGUACUGCAAACAGGUCAGAGUACUUGGAAAUGCCAACCAAUCAAUAAUAUUGAAGUCACUAUCAGGGUUCUAACAUUAUUAUCUACAACCUCAGAGUGAGAAGUCAUUCUUUCAUAAAUUAUUUCCUAUUGUUUCUUGUCCCCCUCUCUCCAUUAUAUGUCCCUUGUCAUGUGCUCUUUAAAGCACAAACCAGAAACCCUUGGUCAGCUUUCAGUUCUGAUGUACCUACCAACUUUUGAAGUUUGUUGUACAAGCUCUGACCAUAUAUAUGCAUGUCCUGGGUUUUCCAAGCCUGUCUGCAGCACUUUGUUACCCCCUCUCUAGUGCUUCAUUCACAGUAGGUUCUUGCCUUGUGUGGCAUUGUGUACAAAGGUGUGCCAUUGGUGGAUGUAUUUCCACUGUGAUUAUUACACAGCAGUCACAUCACCUUUCUCAUGUGGCUGCACUUUUUUUAUGCAACCUCCCACACAGCAGAACUGACCGUGCGUCACAAUGCGCAAAAAUAUCUAUUUGGAGAUUCGCCAACUGGCUCAAGUGUAAGCAAGUGGCCAGGUAACGUUGCUUGAAGAGAAAAAGCACACAAGUACAGAGCCUUCCAUAUGCGAAGAGUACACAGCCAUUAAUGCAUGCUCCAAAAUGAAGAGCCUCGGCUUCCUGUUUUCAACACGGUCUUGCCUAGUUUUCUACUGAAGUCUCAUCCGACACAACCUUCUUUACAUCCUGUAUUCUUCAUAAGCACAUGUUUGUCAAAUGCCAAGGUUGUUGAGAAAAAUUGGACUUACUUUAUUAUUAUAUCUGUGUUCGUUAUAUUGAGGUUCGACUGUACAGUUAAGUCAAAGAGUUGGUAAAAAUAAACUGCGUCUACAGAGCAUCUUAGCCAUGGCGAGAUGGCUGUGUUAGGGAUUUUGGCUUGGCCGCUGAAGCCGUCAACAAAUUUGCCCAAGAAGCAAGAAACAACCAGUGGAUCAUAGGACAUGCACUCCCGCAAAGAGAACCUUUUAAGUCUAUUCUCAGCCAAGGCAAACAAACUCCAGCCUGUGAUUUGCACCGUCGCAAUGCCUUUCAGUCAAUAAUAUCACAGCUCUUGUGCACAGAUUGUGACUGGCAUGUGGUUUCCUUGAUGCAUACUACAUGACUGGAAUGGCAAAUAGCUGUGGCCAUCCUCACGCUUGCAACGUCGCAUUCAGCACUGUAUGCCUUUUGCCCCCUCCCAUUGACGGUACUCUUGCCAUGUUGGAGGCUCUGGAAGAGAACAUAGCUGAAGUGGCAACUGGUGACACGAAAUGCAAGCUUCCUGCGCGGAGCUUCAUAUUGUAUAGCAACCACGAUACCGUAGUUGAGUUCUCAGCCACCUGGUGGUGCUAACAUGAUGUAGGUGCAGACACACCUGCAGCAUGCGACACCUUGUAGCCACGCUGAUGAAGCGACUUUCUCCGAUUCAAUAUUUCUCGCUUCCUUCCCGGCACCAUACUCGUCAGCCGGCACAGCUGUUAGUAGUUUGUUUACUACUUUUUGCCAUACAUUUUUCUGUACACUUAAGAAAAAACCUAUUCAGAGCCCUAUAUAUCUAUACAAUAUAUAAAUAUAUAUAUAUACACUCAUAUAUAUAUAUAUACACAUAUGUAUACAAGAUUUUAGCAUGGAGCAUUUUGCCAAAGGAAAGCUGUGUCAUUUUUUUAUCCUUUCUGUCCUCUCCACUCUUUCCCGCCCAGUUAUGUUUUUGUUGUAUAUUUACAUUGCAACAAUAAAGGGAGCCAAGUUAUUGUCUCAA